AUGAUGGAUGCUCUAAUUAAUGAUAGAGUUGAUUUUGUAAAGUUAUUAUUAGAAAAUGGUGUCAGUAUGCAUACCUUUCUUACUAUACCACGUCUAGAAGAGCUUUAUAAUACUAGACAAGGUCCGUCCAAUACAUUAAGAUAUCUGUUUAGAGAUAUAUGCAAGGUAAGACUUCAUUUCAAGCAGCAUCAACAUUCAAAUUAUAGAGUUACUCUUCCUGAUGUGGGCGUAGUUGUACAGCAUUUAAUGGGUGGUGCAUUUAGAUCUUCAUACUGUAGAAAACGAUUCCGACAGAAAUACUAUGCCUUGAAAAAUAAUGUGACAUCAUUAGGAAAUGUAGUGACAUCCAUUCCACAUCUCGUCAAUACUAAAAUGGUGGAAGAUUUAUUCCCAUAUCCAUUCCAUGAUUUGAUGAUCUGGGCAGUGUUGAUGAAACGACAGAAGAUGGCACUGUUUAUGUGGCAGCAUGGGGAGGAAGCCAUGGCAAAGGCUCUAUUAGCAUGUCGUCUGUAUAAAGCGAUGGCACAUGAAGCUGAUCAAGAUGAUCUAGAGAUUGAACUAACAGCAGAAUUCAGAAGAUAUGCAAAAGAUUUCCAGACAUUAGCACUGGAAUUAUUAGAACAUUGUUAUAAAAUAGAUGAUGACUAUACUCAACAACUGUUAACUUAUGAACUCAAGAAUUUUAGCGAACAGACUUCACUCAGCUUGGCAAUGGUGGCAAACCAUCGUGAGUUUAUAGCUCAUACCUGUUGCCAGGUUUUAUUAAAUGACUUAUGGAUUGGUGGUCUCAGAAUGAGGAAAAAUACCACCUUUAAGGUUAUCAUGGGUAUCUUUAUACCACCAUCUAUCGGUUUAUUAGAAUUCAAGAGUAAAGAAGAAUUACAGUUGAUGCCUCAGACAAUGGAAGAACAUUUAGAAGAUCUGGAAGAUGCUGAUUCCACAGUGGAUCAUAUGUAUGCUUCUUUUGAAGAAGAACAGGUGAUUGAAGUAGCUACUAAAGAAAAUGGUGCCGUUCCUCAUGAUACUAGUAUAAUUUCACACCUUCCUUUCCGCAAGAAGAAAAGUCCUCUACGAAUGGGAAAGAAGAUAUAUGAAUUUUAUAAUGCUCCUGUAACUAAAUUCUGUGCUCAUACAAUUGCCUAUUUAACGUUUCUGGUAUUAUUUGGUUAUACAGUUCUAUCACAGAUUCAUACUGGUUUAAAAUGGCAAGAAAUCUAUGUUAUGAGUCAUAUUUUUACUUUAGCCAUAGAGAAAAUCAGACAGAUCAUUGCCUCAGAACCAGUGAAAAUUUCUAUGAAGAUUCGAGUAUUUUGGGAAAGAUUGUGGAAUAUCUGGGAUACCAUUGCAAUUUUAUUAUUUUCUGUUGGUGUUGUCUUCCGUAAUUUUGAGUCUCUACUACAAGCAGCCCAUAUCAUCUAUACUGUAGACAUAGUGUUUUGGCUGGUCAGAAUACUGGAGAUACUUAGUGUCAACAAAUACCUUGGUCCUUAUGUCAAAAUCAUUGGAAAAUUGAUAGUGGAUAUGGCAUAUUUUUUGGUGAUAUUAUUUAUUGUGGUGACAAGUUUUGGUAUUGUUCGCCAGGCAGUCCAUUUUCAGGCAGAACCUGUUGACUGGCAUUAUACAUUAAGGAAUAUCUGGUUUUAUCCAUAUUGGAUGAUAUAUGGAGAAUUGUUUGCUGAUGAGAUUGAUCCAUGUGAUGAACCUGAUAAGUGUGUAUAUGCAGCCUGGGUAGCACCAGCUCUGAUGUUUUUAUUUUUAUUGGUGGCUAAUAUUCUCAUGGUCAAUCUUCUGAUUGCCAGAUUCAAUGCAACUUUCAUUCGAAACAACGCCAUAUCACGGGAAAUAUGGAAAUUUCAACGUUAUACCUUGAUUAUUGAAUAUGAAAUGAGACCAAUAUUACCCCCACCUCUGAUUAUUUUUAAUCAUAUGUAUUUAGCUGUGAAAUAUCUACGUAGAAGGUGUAAAGGAAAAAGAGAGUACUUUGAUAAUGGUCUAAAAUUAUUUUUAUCACACGAAGACACAGAAAAACUGCAUGAUUUUGAAGAAGAAUGUGUAGAAGAUUAUUACAGAGAAAAAGAAUUAAAAUUUCAGGCUUCUUCAGAAGAAAGAAUACGUCUGAUUAGUGAAAGAUCUGAGAAUAUGGCCUUGAAAGUGGAUGACAUGAAUCAAAAAGAAAAUACCAUCAAACUUUCUCUUCAAACUGUUGAUUAUCGCUUGACAAAAUUGGAAGAAAUU